UCCCUCCCGGUUGGGUUUGUGGUGCUGCGCUGAGGGAGGAUGAACGGAGGAUAAAUGGUGCCCAAGGCAGACAGCGGCACCUUCCUCCUCCUCUUCCUCCUAGUGCUCAGCAUCACUGAGCCGCUGCGGCCAGAGCUGCGCUGUGUACCAGGGCAAUUUGCUUGCCGCAGCGGGUCGAUCCAGUGCAUCCCUCUGAACUGGCAGUGCGAUGGAUGGCCCACCUGCGAGGAUGAGAGCGACGAAGUGGACUGUCCGAAUUUUACCGGGGACCAACGAAAUUAUCACGGGAAGGAGAAUGUGGACUCCAGGCAUAAUCGCGGAAGAGGAGGGGACACAACCCGCUUUCACACUGUCAACGUGGCGCAGCCAGUUCGGUUUAGCAGUUUCCUAGGGAAAUGCCCGUCAGGAUGGCAUCACUACGAUGGCACCGCCAGUUGCUACCGGGUGUAUUUGAACGGGGAGAACUACUGGGAUGCUGUGCAGACAUGCCAGAGGGUGAACGGCUCUCUGGCCACCUUCACCACCGACCUGGAGCUCAAGUUCAUCUUGCAGCAGGAGUGGGACUCGGAAGAGAAGGCCUUUGGGAGGAAGGACCAACGGAGGUUAUGGGUUGGAUACCAGUUUGUCAUCACGAACCGGAACCAUUCUCUGGAAGGUCACUGGGAAGUUUCCUUUAAAGGUUCAUCGGAAGUAUUUUUGCCCCCCAAGCCUACGUUUAGCGCGGCAGUGUCUGAAAACGACAACAUCCUUUGCGCCCAGUUUCAAUGCUCGCACUUCCCGACCCUUCGGCACCGUGGUUUUCACAGCUGGUAUGCUGAAAACUGCUAUGAGAAAUCUUCAUUCCUUUGCAAAAGAAGCCAGACCUGUGUGGAUAUCAAGGACAACAUCGUGGACGAAGGCUACUAUUUCACCCCCAAAGGAGACGACCCAUGCUUAAGUUGCACGUGUCACAAAGGAGAGCCGGAGAUGUGUGUGGCGGCCCUGUGCGAACGGCCGCAGACCUGCCAGCAGUAUCGCAAAGACCCCAAAGAGUGCUGCAAAUUCACGUGCUUAGAUCCAGACGGCAGCAGCCUCUUCGACUCUAUGGCAAGCGGCAUGCGUCUCAUCGUGAGCUGCAUCUCCUCCUUUCUGAUAUUAUCCCUGUUGCUCUUCAUGGUCCAUCGGCUGCGGCAGAGGCGUCGGGAGCGCAUUGAGUCCUUGAUCGGGGCAAACUUGCACCAUUUCAACUUGGGCCGGAGGAUGCCCGGUUUCGACUACGGCCCAGACGGUUUCGGGACCGGCCUCACUCCGCUGCAUCUUUCUGACGAUGGGGAAGGCGGGGCAUUCCAUUUCCACGACCCUCCUCCUCCCUACACGGCUUACAAGUAUCCGGAUAUUCAGCAUCCAGAUGACCCUCCUCCCCCCUACGAGGCUUCCAUCAACCCAGACAGCAUCCUUUGUUCUGCCCCAGAUGGAAUCCAUUCCCAGACAGGACUGAACAGCCAGCCGUCGCUAGGAAACAGCGACGUGUCGCCGCAGCUCACAGAGGAGUCACUUCCUCCUUCGGUCGGCCCUUCCCCGGUGGAACUGGAAGACUCCGCCGACAGCAGCACCCUCCUCGUACCUCCCGAUACACCCUUAAGCGAAGGCGCACCGGCAGAGACUCUGGCAGGAAGCCGACACAGUCACAGUUCCCUGAACACCAUUGUGUAA